CUCUCUCUCUCUCUCUCUCUCUCUCUCUCUCUGAGGCAGUCUCCUAGACUGUCAUUUGACCAGGCAGUUCACAGAGGCGAGAGCUCAGCACCAAAAAGAAAACAAAGGGUAAAAGAGAGACAGAGGGAAGGGGAGCACAUUCACUGUAAGGAUAAGCUUGCUGGAAUGUUUCCUUGGCUGUUUAUUAUCAUUUGAAAAACGCUGCGAGCGUGGAUUUCUUCUUGGUUGCUGCUUUUUUGGACUCUGUCUCUUCUUCUCGGUCUGGAUGUAGGCUUUAAGUCUGUUUGCAGUCAACUGAGGAGCAGGAUCAACUGACACCUUUUUUUACAUUCUGAGGAGUAAACCACAACCUCUACUUGUGUGAGGGUGAGAGAGAGAGACUAAGAGAGACAGAGAGAAGGAGGGGAGAAAGAGAGAGUGCUGGGCCAUGCCCACCUCUGCUCAUGGUUCAACAGCAUGAAAGGGGGCCACCAUCACCAUCGCCACCACCGAGGCUGUGGCUGCCAACACUUGUUCCGUAAAGUCCUGGCCAAGUGUGGCUGUUGCUAUGCCCGAGUCAGAGACUCAUACUCGGCAGCAGGCAGCGAAGGCAGCAUCUCCACCUCUGUGGCGUCACUGCCCCCGCCGGCAUCAGGCAGCUCGGCCCCGAGCUCCCCAGGCUCUAGACGCUCUGUGAGCACGCUGAAGAAGUGGCUCACGAACCCUGUCCGCAAACUCAGCGUCGGGGCCACCGCCAAAGUGGAGCGUCAGGUCUGCAAACUUGAGGGAAAGCCUCCACCUCUUCCAUCCCACAGCCACAGCCAGGAUCUGAGCAGUCCCCUGAGGCCUGAUGAACCUUUCCCCAUCCUGCCCGUCACGCACAGAGAACUGGAGUGGAAAGAUGGCCUGGCAAGCCCUGAGGACCUGUCUCCGGCUACACUACAGUCCCCCAGCUACAUAACAGACUCGCUGAUUGGCUGCACGUCACUUCCAAACAACCAGGACACUCAGUCCACCAGUCUUUUGCCAGAUGACAGCGGCUCUGUCUUGAUGGACGACACCUCCAGCCAAUGGUCAGCUGCAGCUGACACUGAGGAGGAAAGGAGGAGUGCCUUAGAGAAAAGCAUGUAUGUACUGCAGGAGCUUAUUGAGACAGAGAAGCACUAUGUGGUGGACCUGGGGUUCAUAGUGGAGGGCUACAUGGCCACAAUGCACUCCAAAGGUAUGCCGGAGGACAUGAAGGGAAAAGACAAGAUUGUUUUUGGGAACAUUCACCAAAUAUUUGACUGGCAUAAAGACUACUUCCUGGGAGAGCUGGAGAAGUGUAUAGCAGAGCCAGAGAGGCUGGCUCAGCUCUUCAUUAAACAUGAAAGGCGUCUGCACAUGUACGUUGUAUACUGUCAGAACAAGCCCAAGUCAGAACACAUCGUCUCAGAGUAUAUCGAGACUUACUUCGAGGAGUUGCGACAGCAGCUGGGCCACAGGCUGCAGCUCAACGACCUGCUCAUCAAACCUGUCCAGAGGAUCAUGAAGUACCAGCUGCUGCUCAAGGACUUCCUGAAGUAUUACACCAAAGCUGGGAUGGACACGGAGGAGUUGGAGAAAGCAGUAGAAGUGAUGUGCUUUGUGCCAAAACGUUGCAAUGACAUGAUGAAUGUGGGCAGACUACAAGGCUUCGAAGGGAAGAUCACAGCCCAGGGCAAACUGCUCCAGCAAGAUACCUUUACUGUCAUAGAGCAGGACAGUGGCUUUCUGUCCCGAGCCAAGGAAAGACGCAUCUUCCUGUUUGAGCAGCUGGCCAUUUUCAGUGAGCCAAUCGACAGGAAGAAAGGUUUCUCACUCCCUGGAUACAUCUUUAAGAGCAGCAUCAAGGUGAGCUGCCUGGGGGUGGAGCCCAGCGUGGACGGCGAUGACGCCCGCUUUGUGCUGACAUCACGCAACCCUGACGGGAGUGUGGUGCGCUUCCAGUUGCAGGCCUCCUCCCCUGAGAUCUGCAGGGCCUGGGUCAAUGAUGUGGUUCAGAUCUUGGAAAGCCAGCGCAACUUCCUCAAUGCCUUACAGUCGCCUAUUGAGUACCAGCGACGAGAGAGCAAGUCUAAUAGCCUGGGCCGCAGCAUGAGGCCCCCUCUGUCUGCUGCCAGUGCCCUGCGGCCCCACUCCUCCGCCUCUAUUGACCGUCAUAAGCUGCCCUCCCUUCACUCUCACAACACCUCCCUGCCCACGCUCUACCUGCCCAGCCAAGGUCAAGGCCAAGGACCCAGCGAGACAUACUCACUGCAGGACCCCACUGUGGUCCAGCCAUGCCCUGCUGACUCCCACACUGUUUCUCCGUCACAAGUCCAACUGGGCUUCACUGAUCAGCCAAGCUGUCAAGCUGUGUCAAAUGGGCUGUACACACCCAACACACAAAGUGUACAGCAGAGAGCAGGAGAGGGCUGCCGAAGGGGUCAGGCUGCUGAUGCUGAGAGCCAGGCUCCACUGUCAGGCCCCUUCGCUGGACGACGCCCCAGCAAUCUGGCUCAGCUAGCCGAGGAUGACCUAUGAACCCUGAUGCUAUCUGUCUCCUGGGUCAGGAGGACAGCAGCUAACGCCACAACUGUGGAGACAAGAAGACUUGUCUACUGUCUGUUUAUGCCAGGCUUGACCCUUAACUGGUUCAAUCCUGGAGGAUAAUAAAGGAACCUGAAGGAAAAUAUGAAGGAACUAUGGAACUAUGGAACUAUAAAACGACUUUGCUACUGUUUUUACCAUUCAAUGGUAGGUGACUAGUCUUGGCUAUACCUUGAGUGUACAUAAAACAGCACCCAGUGGGAUGUUACUGUGCUCAGAGUGAAAACGCUCAUGGACACUCAAGUGGUAUGACAAUUUAUAAAUUUUACCUUUUUGAGAGUUUGUACACCAUACUCUUCUCUUUUUCAAAGAGCAAGGGGAAUUGGUUUGAUGUAGAAAUAUCCAUUCCUAAUUGGGGCGGUCACUGGAGUUAUGCGUGUGCCUAAAUAUAUGUUUAUGCAACAAUGUGUGGAUGUGUUUAAGCGCAUGAGAGUGUGCAAGGAGUGGCAGUGGCAACUCUUGUAUCCUUUGGUAAAUUUCCUUGAUAAAGUUUCUGAUGCCCCAUUGUAAAGACAAGUACAGCUACAUUUAUACAUUCUGUCAUUCCCCUGCUGACAACUGAGUUUGCUGUUUGUGUCGACAAGAAUGGAAAAGGCAGAACACUUGAUGUGAACACGCCACCAGGAAUUUACUCACUCGAAUUUCAACUUAAAGCAAAGAACUUUCUUUCUUGCCACAGUGUUGAGAGCCCCUGUGUGCUCUCUUAUUCUGUUUGAGCGGCCCUCGUUUGAUCUGGACAAAAAAGGCGUGAGGGGUCCCCCUGGAGGUUCUCUGUGGGUAUGACGUCACUUUGGAAUACUUUUUGCUCUUUGGGCAACUCCAGAGGAGUUUGCGAGGUGCAUUCAAAGGGACUGCUGUGCUGACCCAAAGUGUUGCAUGCAACAUCUCCUUUGUGAUUGACUGACACAACUUUACACAGCUCUUUCUGUCCAAGCCGAAGUAGAGUGCUUGUGGUUUGGGUGAAAAGUGCAUUGGUUUAAACUUGUUUUAUUAGUCCACUGUUGUAAUGUCAAGGCUGUGCACCAUUUCUAUAAUCUCUGUUAGCUUUUGCCCUCAUGGACUAAAUACUGUACAGUGCAUACCAUAAAGUCAAUCAUACAUUUCCACUUGUAAGAUGAAGAAUGACCCAGGUAUGCCAAGAAAUGUUCCAGUUCCAGUUCGUUCAAAUGAAGGAUAAUAUAUUGCUGGAUAAACAGAGUGAUGAAUCUGCAUGCUUCCGCUUCCUCAGACAACAGUGCCAAAAAAGCAGCUCACUACUUAAACGUUUCAUGCUCUUACUUGUAGUUUACACUCAGUAGUUUCAUGCUCUUACUUGUAGUUUACACUCAGUAGUUUCAUGCUCUUACUUGUAGUUUACACUCAGUAGUUUCAUGCUCUUACUUUUAGUUCAGUUUGCCACUACACUACAAAACAAUAAUAGAUAUCUGUGUUACUAUCUGGAUUGUAAUGCCUAAGUGAUAAAACGAGAGUGGAGUAGAUAAAGGAGGCAAUCCCGUCAAUAUCACUUAUUCUCUGUGGCCAGUAGAGGUCCCCACAAGGCUUUCACUUCCAACUUAGUUAGAUAAAACAGCUGCACCAAAGAUCAAUAGGCCUCAUAUUUCAGUGCUCAUGCUGAAGUAAAGCUGCUCAACAAUCUGUCCGAAACACAAUAAUAAAUUUCACAAAAUUAACUGAAAUGUGAAACAUUAGGUGAGUGGAACCAUCUCACAGAAUCCCUCUGCAGUUAAUGUGAACUGGCAUGUUUUCAUUGGAAUUACUCAUCAGGCAGUUUUUCUUUUAAUACAAAGUAAUACAACUACAGAGAACCAAGGGCAAGGACAUCAAACCAGGAGAAGGUUGGUUAGAGCUAUGUUUGACUGAGUAGAAACUGUUGUAUCAUAUCAAAUAAAAAGUGUCUUUUUGAAACUGA